AUGAUGUAUGGGAAAUCCAGCACCGCCGGGCCGAUCCUGUCUCUUAGGGUCUGCCGUGACCUGGUCACUCACUGCUCCCUGGGCUAUGUGCAUGUGAACUUCUUGCUGUGGACUGAUACCGAGUGGACUCUGGACACUAUGAACUUUGGUAUUAUCAAUGGCAAGCAGAUGUGUAUUACGUGGUCCCAGUGUGACCCAUCACUUUGUAAGAGUGGAGUGGGCAAUAUAUUCAUCAAAAAUCUUGCCAAGUUUAUUGAUAACAAGUCCCUUUAUGAUACAUUUUCUGUCUUUGAAAACAUUCUUUUUUGUAAAGUAGUAACCGAUGAAAAUGGUUCAAGGGGUUUUGGAUUUGUGCAUUUUGAGAAGUCAGAAGCCGCUAGAAGAGCCAUUGCAAAAAUGAAUAGGAUUCUGCUGAAAGGUAGCUGGGUUUUUGCUGGGCAGUUUAAACCUCGCAGAGAAAGGGAAGCAGAACUCAGAGCUCAAGCAAACAUAUUUACCAAUGUCUACAUUAAGAAUUUUGGAGAUGCUAUAGAUGAUGAAUGUCUUAAAGAGGUUUUAGGUGAGUUUGGUUCUGUAUUAAGUGUGAGAGUUAUGACUGAUGAAAAUGGAAAAUCCGAAGGCUUUGGAUUUGUGAGUUUUGAGAAUUUUGAAAAUGCCCAGAAAGCCAUUGAAGGAAUGAAUGGAAAAGUCCUUAAUGGAUAUCAAGUUUAUUUUGGUAGAGCACAGAACAAAGCUGAGAGACAGUCUGAAUUAAAGCACAAAUUUGAGCAAAUAAAACAGGGUAAACUCACCAGGUGCAAGGGUGCUAAUCUUUAUGUGAAAAAUCUUGAAAAUGAUAUUGAUAAUAAAUGA